AAGAACUGAUGCUUGCAGAAUGCUGCUGAGUGUGGAUCAGGAGGUUAUUCUUUAUUGAAUUUGCUUCUCACUCUAUUAGUCAGGGUUAUUCCUAGGAUAAUUUCUGAAUGCUCAGGGCGCUGGUUUUGAAUACUAUUCAUUCGCCAUUAUAUAUUUAUAUAAUGGGGAUUAAUUGGACCCCCAAUUUUCACUGUAUAUGAAUAAAUCAAGUGGCUUGAAUUUUGGUGUCUGGAUUCUAAAGUUCAGUACAAGCAAAUGUUUAUUCUUUGCCUUCAAUAAUUAUAAAAGCUCCACUAAUUAAUAUUGAGUAGAAUAAGAGAAGAGAGAGAUUAACACAGCUAUCUUGUCAAAAGCCAUAAUGGCAUCUCCACUUUAGAGAACCUUAAUUUGCUUAUUGUUGGUUGAAUGUUGGCACUUUUUUCUCUUUUUCCUCUCUUUGUUUUAUGGGCAUUUAAAUACUAUCAUCUUCUAUUUAUCAUUUCCUAUAUUUUAUAUAUAUGUACCUGAGUGGCUUUUUCUUCUUUUACUUUCUUGGAACAAGCAGCUGUUGCUUCUCUCUCCCUAAACAGCUAUGAAAGAUUCACUGUGCACAUCUCCUUUUGGCCUGCUGAAGUCCUACUCGUCCAAAAUAGCAGGGAUGUUUUGCCAUUGUGGUUCACAAAACAAAUACAAGAGGUUGGAUGCAAAGCUUGAAAAGAAGAUGAUAGAAUUCAAGAGAAGUUCAUCUGGGCCUACAAAUUUUAAGUCUAUUGACAGCAUUAUCUUGAGAUUUCCUCAGUUCAAAGAGGGACUGAAGAACAUCAGAGGAGUAUUUGAACAGUAUGACGAAGAUGCAAAUGGUGCUAUUGACCGUGAGGAACUCAAACGAUGCUUGCAGAAACUGCAAAUCAAUCUAAAAGAGCAGGAGGUUGAGGAUCUGUUUCAUUCAUGUGACAUUGAUGGAAGCCAGGGGAUACAAUUCAAUGAGUUCAUUGUUCUUCUGUGUCUCAUUUAUCUUCUAGUGGACUCUCCUUCCUUUUCUCAUAGUACAUCAAGAACUGGUUCACCGGAGCUUGAGGCGACUUUUGAUACCAUAGUUGAAGCUUUCUUAUUUCUUGAUAAGAAUGGUGUUGGAAAGCUGAAAAAGAAAGAUGUGCUCAAAGCCUUGAAUGAGGCUUCUCCCUGGGAGAAAUCACCAGCACAUAUCACCAAGUCCCGAUUCCAAGAACUGGACUGGGACAGAAAUGGGAAGGUCAGCUUCAGAGAAUUCCUAUUUGCUUUAGUAAACUGGGUCGGGAUUGACGCGGAUGAAGAAACUAGUGCAGUGGGAAAGCUAAACCAAGUGCAGAGGAGUUAAAAGAAAAAGGUGCUGGAUACUAGUCUAGUCUAACAUGCGAUCAGAUAAUAAAUUGAUGUAAAUACCUAACAAAUUCAAGUCUCUCAUUCAGAAUCGCUGCUACAUUGUCAUGUUCAUGUAUUUCAAAAUUCCUAUUAUUACGGUUCCAAUAGUACUGUGAUAAUCUUGAUAAUUUAUUACGUUCUUCUUUUCCUUUCUUGA